GUCUGAGACAAACUCCGAUUUCCAGAACAACCCCGGCCGAAGCAAUACUUUUUAUGCUCGUGUAUCGUGAUCCUGUGGGAUAUGCUGUUUUCUCCACACAAACAGAAGAGGAUCCUUCGCCCGGGUUUCCCGUAAAGAAGGACGACCCCUCCACCCCAGCCCCCAAAUUACAGAUGCGGCGGCGACGGCGGGAUGGCGUUUUGCCCAAGCCUCCCCCCGCGCGCGGGUGUCGGGGAAAGGUUAGGUUGGCACCAGUCUCACACACACGCAGCAAGGACAACGGAGCAGGGGUGUAUGAGGAAGGGCAAGGGACCCGGCCUUCUGGAAUGGCAGCAAGUAGCACGACUAAAACAGCGCAUCACAAGCACGGGCGCGCGCGCUUGCCCUACCUAUGUACGGAGUACAUAUCGACAGGUACUUUACUACCUACUUUCACAGGUGGACAUGGAAAAUCCGGGUGCCCACGGGGUAAAAUGCGGGAGCUAUCUGGGGAGUCCAGGGUUAGGUGAAAGGGUUCUGAGGGGAAAACGCGGAGGCGAGCGGUUAAUUGCGGGAGACCGUCGUGCCACCUUAAUGUUAACUAUC